CAGGUGACGGUUCUUAUACCCGGGUGCCAACAUGGGGAUAUGGGUGAUAAUGUGCCGAGGGGCGCUUCGGGUUACCACAUGUGACGUAGGGUACUUGUCAUACUAGUCCACCUACGCUUUCGGUGAAUGUGAAGAGACGAUGUGAAAUUUGCAGAAAUUCUCCCAUCGUAGGUUGCGAUACUUGAAGUUGCAUUUACAUCCACAAAACUCAUCAUGGCGGAACCCAAGUGGAAAAUCGCAAUAGGCUGCGAUGAAGCAGGCCUAUCAUACAAAACCCAACUAAAACACGACCUCACUUCCGAUCCCCGCGUCGAAUCCAUUACCGACGUCGGCUCCUCCACCCCCUCCGACAAGACUGCAUACCCUCACCGGGCCGCCGCAGCUGCCAAGCUCGUCGCCUCCGGGGAGUGCGACCGCGCCCUACUAAUCUGCGGCACUGGGCUCGGGGUAGCCAUCGCGGCGAACAAGAUCCGUGGCGUGCGGGCCGUAACGGCGCACGAUAGUUUUUCGGUCGAGAGGGCUGUGUUAAGUAAUAACGCGCAGGUGCUGUGUAUGGGGGAACGAGUCGUGGGGUUGGAAUUGGCGAGACGAUUGGUCAGGGAGUGGUUGGGGUAUAGGUUUGAUCCAGCGAGUGGGAGUGCGGGGAAGGUGCAGGUUAUUGGGGAGUAUGAAAGGGAGGGGAUAGGGGGGAUGGACGAAGAAGUGAAGGGUAGUUGUUGACAAUAGGUAUGUUAGAUGUUGGCUUAGGGUGGAUGGGAGCGCCAGGGUUUCUCCCCAGUACGAGGUUCUUGCAGGCCGUUGUAUACUAAGUACCCAGAUCUACCUGUGCAAUUUGCCCCAGUGGCCUUGCAGAAAUUGCUACAGUAAAUGAGAGUCUAGUUGGCAAAUAAGAAGGAAGGUAUACUGAGUUAAAUGAU